UGGCAUUUAUGCAUUAAUGCACACAAAACUUAGAGAGAGAGAGAAUAAAAGUAGAUAGAGAAGCAAGUAAUAAAGAAAGUGGGGCUAGCUUAGUUACUAGAAACAAUGGCCACUAUUAUUCCUACCAUUGUUAUUUCUUUGGUUGUUUUAUUUUGUAGUACUAGUUGCCAUUGUUUUGUGAAAGCUCAAAACAAUGAUCACUUUCAUAGUGUUCAAGUUAGCUCUCUUCUCCCUGCUACUGAUGAAGAGGCUUGCAAUCCUUCCCCUAAAGGAAAUAGAAGGGGCAAUUCUCUAGAAGUGAAGCACAAGCAUGGGCCGUGUUCUACACUGGAGUUGGACAAAUCAAGCCGCCCAAGCCACGUGGAAAUUCUAGAACACGACGAAAGCCGAGUUGACUCAAUUAGGGAGAGAGUGAACCCGAAAUUAGUGGAGGUUGACUCGGUGACGGACCACAAGAAGGUACCAAAAAAGGACAAGAUCAAACAGAAAGCAGUGGGCCUACCAGCUAAGUCCGGAAGCACUAUUGGGUCUGGCAAUUACAUUGUCACUGUUGGGCUUGGUACGCCCAAAAAGGAUCUCAACCUCAUUUUUGAUACAGGUAGCGAUUUCACAUGGACACAAUGUGCACCGUGCACAAAGAGUUGUUACAAACAAAAAGAUCCGGUGUUUGACCCCUCAGAAUCAUCAACAUACUCCAACAUUACUUGUUCGUCAACACUAUGCACGGAGGUGAGAUCAGCCACCAGUGCUCCACCGGGAUGUUCCUCAACAACCUGCAUUUACGGCAUCCAAUACGGGGACUCGUCCUUCUCUGUUGGGUUCUUUGCCAAGGACACUCUAAGUCUAGGGUCCCAUGAUAUUGUUCAAGACUUUUACUUUGGAUGUGGUGAGAAUAAUCAAGGCCUUUUUGGUGGGUCAGCUGGGCUUAUGGGGCUUGGAAGGAACCAAUUGUCCGUUAUAUCACAAUGUGCUACCAAAUAUGGCAAAGUUUUCUCAUAUUGUCUGCCUUCCAAGUCCAGCUCUACUGGUCACCUUACCUUUGGUAAAGGAGGCACGUACGCAAAGUCCAUUACGUACACACCUCUCCUAUCAAGCUCAUCAGGACCAUCCUUUUAUUUCAUAGACCUACAAGGCAUGACAGUUGGUGGCCAAAAGCUAUCAAUCUCACCCACAGUCUUCUCACAAGGUGGAGUCCUCAUCGACUCUGGCACAGUGAUCACUCGUCUUCCACCAGAUGCAUACUCGGCCUUACAAACCGCCUUUAGCAAGGCCAUGUCCCAGUACCCUAAGGCCCCAGCCCUAUCAAUCCUUGACACGUGUUACGACCUCAGUAACUACACCACAGUCACAAUCCCUAAGAUAGGACUUCAGUUUGGUGGUAAAGCCGAAAUUGUGUUGCCUGCAUCAGGGAUUUUCUACGUCAAGGGUUUGUCACAAGUUUGUCUAGCAUUUGCUGGAAAUACUGAUGCAACUGAUGUGGCUAUUUUAGGGAAUGUUCAGCAACUUACUUUUGAUAUUGUUUAUGAUGUUGCUGCUGGUAAGCUUGGCUUCGGGUCCGGUGGAUGUCUCUGAAAAAUGAAAAUCAUACUACAACAUACUGCACUUAUUUAUAGUUUCAUUUGGUCACACGUACUGCAUUGUUUUUAAGUUAAUUAAUUAGUGCAAGGAGAAUCCUUGCAAUUUGCCAUUUCUAUGUGUUUGUAAAUGUACUGCCUUUUAGAUCAUCAACCAAGUCUCAGUUACAGAAACAAGAUAAUGAAACUGGGACAAAAGAAAUGAAUUGAGUAAAAAACUUGUGUCUA